CGCGAUGCAACGCAUGACGAACGAAGAAGGCUACCCCAUCCUGGCCAAGCAGCGGACCCAACGCCCCGUCUCGCCGCACCUGACCAUCUACCGCCCGCAAAUCACCUGGUACGCGUCCAUGUUCAACCGCAUCACGGGCGCCAUGCUGUCGGGCAGCUUCUACCUGUUCUUUGCCGCGUACCUGGCUGCGCCGCUGACGGGCUGGCACCUGGAGUCGCAGUCGCUGGCCGCGGCAUUUGGCGCUCUGCCCAUCGCCGCCAAGAUCGGCUUCAAGACCGUCUUUGCUCUGCCUUUCACCUUCCAUAGCUUCAAUGGCAUUCGCCACUUGGUUUGGGAUAUGGGCAAGACGCUUACCAACCGCGCUGUUAUGCAGACUGGCUGGUUCGUUGUCGGUCUGAGCCUUGUCUCUGCGUUGGGCCUCGCGCUGUACUAGGCUCCUACUGCUGCUGGGAGGGGAUGCGUUUGUGGAAUGGCGGGAAAGGAGAGAGAAGAGAAGAGGUGCGGGAGGUUGUUGAUGGACGCGGAACAGAUUGUGCCGGGAGGAAAGACAAUGACGGACAAAGCUGGAUGUAGGAUGCAGGAUGCAGGAUGCGGG